GAAGAAAUCUACCAGAUUAACAGUCACUUGGGAGUUUGCUACCCCGCCUGUAAGUUAGAAUAAAGGGCAGGCAGAUAGACUGCCAGUGGGUAUUCAGCCUUCAGAGCUCCGAGACCAAUGCAAGAAGGUUUAUACUUUGCCCUGGGAGAGGCCGCUUCUGCUUCCCAACUCAGAGUAGCUCCUGGAAUGGAUUUGGUCACAGAAUCUUAGGUUUUAUUAGUGGAAAGAGAGACAAUCUGGUCCAACCGUUUCAUUUUACAGUGAAGUUCAGAUUGGGAAGUGAAAGGAGUUGCCCAGGAGCCAGGACCCUGAAUCCCUCGUCCAGAUUUCUGUUCUUGGAGUGAGCAUUUGCUGCCAUCAACAAAAGAGCCUCUUCUCCAAGGAAGACUCUUUGGACAGGGCUCGGCAAUGUUGCUCUGGGGGUGUCUUUUCAUCGUGCUGGAUGUUCUGCUGUGGCCUGAGUCCAGAGCAGCAUCUCUGCCUUUGCAGAUGGACUCCGUUAUCCAGAUUCUAGCACAAUUAGAGCAAGAAGAAUCCAUUCUCCAACUCACAGCUCCUGGUCUCCUUUUGAUGUCUGGGAGUGCAAACAACUUCUCCCAGCAUCUCCUCUUUUCAGGGGUCCCAUCUCCAAUGCAGCUCAAGCUUGACUUUCUUAGUCCAGAACUUCAAGCAUUAGCCACUAGCUUAAUCCCCCACGGAGUGGACUCUGGGCAAGAGCAUGGGGUAGUAUUAGCACCCGAUGGCUCCACAGUGGCCGUGGAGCCCCUUCUGGCAGGGUUAGAGGUUGGACUCCGAGGCAGAAGGUCUAUCCCCAUUUCCCUGGAGUUCAUAGCUUCUCCUUCUGAAGUCAUAGCUGCUCACAAGAAAGAAGGACCUACAUUGGCCCCUCAAGUCAGCAUGACCCUCCAAGAUGAUGGAAACAUUUCCCCAGACCCCACUAUCCUCCCAACUGUCCAGACUAACUCCUCAACCGAUGUAGAUAACCUCCUGGCUGUCACUCUGACCAAAGCAUUAGGAGUAGCCUUCCUCCCCGGUCCUGGAACCCAUACUCCCAAAGGCCUAGGACCUGAUGGUUGUUGGGAUCAAAUUUCAGCCCCCAAGACCUUCUCUCUGUUAUACUCUGAGGCCCCCUCUGCUCUCACGGUAGCUUUCCUCCAUGGGGCACUGGAUGGGGCCCUGCUAGGGGACUACCUGAGCAGGCACCCCAAGCCCAGCCCACCACUCAGCCACUUAUUGGCUCAGUACUAUGGAGCAGGAGUGGAAGGGGACCCCCAAUUUCGGAGUAACUUCCGCAGGGACAAUGGUGCCAGUCUAAUUUCACAGGAAUCCCUAGUCCAACAGAUAGAGGGCUCUUUGCUCCUGCUACAAGAGUUAGAGCCAUCUAAUUCCCAGCUGAAAAAUCUAUCCCAAGAUCAACUGGCUGAAGUUGCUACUCAAGCUGCCAAGGAGUUCACUGAGGCUUUCCUGGAAUGUCCGGCCAUCUUGCCCCGCUGCCGCUGGCAAGCAGCUCCUUACCGAGGGACUCCCAAGAUGCUGAAGCUACCUUUGGGGUUCCUUUAUGUGCAUCACACCUACGAACCCAACCAACCCUGUACCAGCUUCUCCCAGUGUGCUGCUGACAUGCGAAGCAUGCAACGUUUCCACCAGGACAUCAGAGGCUGGGAUGACAUCGGCUAUAGCUUCGUGGCGGGCGCGGAUGGCUACGUGUACGAGGGCCGGGGCUGGCGCUGGGUGGGGGCCCACACCCUGGGCCACAACUCCCUGGGCUUCGGCGUCUCCAUCAUCGGCAACUACACGGCCACGCUGCCCGCGGCCCGCGUGCUGAGCACCGUGCGCGAUUCCCUCCCGCGCUGCGCGCUGCGCGCCGGCUACCUGCGGCCGGACUACACCGUGCAGGGCCACAGACAGCUAGUCCGCACCGAGUGCCCAGGGGACGCCCUCUACCGGCAAAUCAGCACCUGGCCGCACUUCGGGGAGGCGAAGAAAAGCUUGAAGAAGCGCUAUCGCCCGCACUAAGUCCGCUGCAGAGAGGGGGCCGAGGGCCCCGGGCUUCCUGACCGCCAGCCGCCGACGGAGGCGAGCUCUGCUGCCAGCGGGCCGCGGAUUCUGCGCGGGCGGGAGGCCGGGAGGGGAGGGGAGGCUGUGCCCGGUGGUUUCUCGGAACGCACAAGUCGGGGCCUUCCGUGCUCGCUGUCCCUGGGCCCCUCCCAGCUCCGACUUUGUGCUCUGCAGCUCCUCGGGGGCACGCGGCCGGAGGUGGCUUUGGGGGCGCGGGCAGGGCCAGAAUAGUACCGCAAUAAAGCAAUCAAUGAAUGUUAAGUGACUGGUGAACUGCCCAACUAAAUACUGGGGUACAAAUGCAAAAGAAAAAAAAA